UUUUUUUAUCUAUUACGGUGUCAUUUUAAUAUCAACAAACCCAGUCUCCUCAAACCACUUUGUGCAUAAGAUAACAAUAGCCAAGAUUAAAAAAAAAGUAAGGGGCGUUUUAUAUAGUUAUACAGUAAAGAUUUUUAAAAUCGGAUUCUAUAUUUGUUGCAGGAUUGCUGAUAGCCAAAAAGUGGCUGUUCAGAAACCAGAUUCCCCACAACUGCGGCGGGGGCACGGUGCUGUUCGUGACACGAGAGACGCACACGUAUUUGACUGACAUCGAGGAACGAGAGGAAGGUGGAACGCCCGCCAUUGUGGAGUCGAUCAGGUGCGGGAUGGUAUUUCAGCUUAAGGAGGCUAUCGGAACUGAUUUUAUUGAGCACAAAGAGGCUGAGUUGUGUAAAAGAGCCUACAAAGCUUGGGAAAAGAAUUCAAACAUCUUGCUACUGGGCAGUAAAGAUGUUCUUCGCGUUCCAAUCCUCUCAUUCCUGGUUAUAAACCCAGAGAGCGGAAAGUUUCUUCAUCACAACUUCGUCUCCAUGCUUCUGAAUGACAUGUAUGGGAUUCAGACAAGAGGGGGGUGCGCAUGCGCUGGACCAUACGCUCAAGAUCUUUUACAAAUGGACGAGGAAAUGGCCCAGAGAUUUAUAACGUUUUUAGAACAUUCUGACUCAGAUGGACAGAAGAAAGAACCACAAGAAGUAAUGAAGCCGGGCUUCGCCAGGUUAAAUCUUCCAUAUUUCUACGAUGAUGACACGAUCGAUUUCGUUUUGGAGGCCGUGAAUCAAGUGGCUUCCAAAGGAUGGAGAAUUAUGCCAUUGUACCAGUUCGAUUCGAAAACCGGCACGUGGAAACACCGGCUGCACCAGUACAACAUGCAGAGCCUGUACGACAUUGAGUACGUCAUGGCGGGUUUAAAGGUCCACAAGACGCCGAAUUCCUCACGCGGCUCGCCAAUGAGAGCAACGAAAGAACAUUAUAAGGAAAUCUUAAAGAAAGCGGACAAGCUGUAUUCCAAUGCAACCCGUUUAUGCGGCGUAAUCAGAUGCGAAACCGAUCCUGACGUUCAGCUUGGUGCUGGUGAGAAACACCUGGUCUGGUUUCUGGAACCGAAACUAGCCAAGAAAUUGCUUAUGAAGAUGGACAAAGAUCUCCACGUUAAAACAGUUGAUGCUAUGGCGGAGAACCUCCCGUUCUUUCCUAAGAGCUACUCCAUGGACAACUUGCUGGAUAUAGACUCUGGCAGUGUUGAAUCACUUGACGAAGCCUCUGGCACCGACAGUGGAGUUGAAUCUAAUGAUUUCACCGAUGAUGACGUCAUAGGUUCUCCGCUAAAAUACGGAAGUUUGUCUCGCAGUGGUAAACCAGUUACAGACAAAAAGGCGAAACGUCUUUUACCACCAAUGAGCAACUUACCACCACAAAAUCGGGUCCACUACGCCAGGAAACUUCCAACUUAUACCGCUGAGAGUUCUGGGGCUGGAUAUCUUUCUCGGCAUCUUCUGAACAGAGCAAAGUUUCACGGUUCCUAUGGCGACCUCUCACGCACAGGGCAUCCUGGGAUGUAUCAUUCCAAUGAGAGUGUACAUAUGCUAGGUGGCGCCACAAAACACCCAUCAAGUAAUGGAAAGGCUGUGAAAUUACCAGCAUUGAAGGGGUCAAAAGAAAAAGUGGAUAAAGUUAAAAAGGAUAAAAAACGACCGAUGCCCAUGACAACCCGGGACCUGGCGUACGAGGCUUACAGAACACAAUGGCUCGUCUUGAACCAAAAGCAAUAAAUCAAAUUAUUGAUGAACUUCAAAGUGGAAAUAUAUUCUUCCAAAACAUUUGAUUCAGGUAUCCUUGUAUUUUAUUUUUUAAUGUAGAACAUUUAUAAUUUAUUACCAAGAUUAAAUUUCUGGUGAGGGUGUCAAGGAAUGUGUGUAUAUUACAAUGAACCAUAAAGUCCUCGAUUUGAAAUCGUUGAAAAUUUCUUUUAUAAGUAUGAUGCAUUUUUAACCAUGUGUGCGUCCAGCACUGCGCCAUUGUGAACCCGAACAUCUGUGAUAUGAAAAUAUUCCAUGAUAAUUAUUUACCUCAAAGGCAUUUCAUAUAGUUUAUAAUAAUUUGGGUGAUACUUUGCAUUCAUCUUAUAUAUUUUAAUCAGAUUUUUAGACUUUGGAUAGCUUCCCGCCAUGUUGGUCUGGGCCUUUCGCAGGUCGAGUGCUCAGAAUGUUUUACGAUUUUUUUUACAUUCAGCAGCUGGAAUAAGUGGGAAAACUAUGCGUACAUAUUUAAUAUUUUUAAUUAGAUUGUGCUUUGGUGUGGGUUUAUUUUAAUAUUUAUAUAAUUUCUGUUGUAAA